AUGCAACAAAUAAGGCCAGAGAACAUGGAAAGAACAGUAGCUUGGACCGAGAGCGGUGAGUCCGUUCUCAGAUUUAACAUCCGCCACCUGUGGUUCUUCGGUCUGUGGCCCCUUUAUGAAUCGCGGAUGUUCCACAUUUACACUGCCUACGGCUUCUCUCUGGGCGUCUGGAACGUAGUGGAGGGUGCACUGGCUGCGUACUUCACAUGGGGAGAUAUGGAGCAAACGACGCUGGUGCUCAUGGCCAUUUCCACCAACUGCAACGGUCUCGUUAAAAUGGGCUUUUUCCUGUGGGACAGGCGCCUGUACUACUCUAUGGUGCGACGGGUGGACGCGUUGAUGUCGCUACAGAGCGAGUUCUGCUGCCGGGAAUCUGUCCUCUGGAACAUCCUGCGCGGCUCGGAGAGGCGCGCUUUUCGCCUCACACUGGGCAUGUUGCUCUUCAUGUUCUCGCAGUGCUUCAUAUGGUUCCCCAUGCCACUGGUUGCUCAUACCGAAGAGCGGCGCUUGCCCUUCGCUCAACACGUGUGGGACAACAACACUGGAAACUACUUACUCUCGUACUUCGCCCAGUGCGCUGCUGGUUUGUGGAUGACCCAGAUCAGCUUCGGCAUGGACUGUCUCUUCGCAUCGGUCAUGAUUCUGUUGGCCGCGCAGUUAGAGAUCGUCGCAGAACGUAUUAUGGGGAUCAGAGUCGAAGCCAGCACGCCGAUAAAGGAGAAAGCCGAGGGCUACAAACAGAGUUCAACGGCGAAACACGCAGAUACAAUGUACAGAGAUAUCCGCCUCUGCAUCGAGAGUCACCAAAAAGUUCUCAGCUUCGUGGCCCAUUUGCAGGACACGAUGAGCCCCAUCGCUAUGACGCAGUUUACUUUCGCCGUUCUUGUCAUAUGUUUUGGAUUAUUUCAGGCAACAUACAGUGAGGACUUCAGCGCAGUGCUGAAAUGUGCGUCUUUUCUCCCCAUUCCCUGCGGGCAAGUUUAUCUCUAUUGUUGGGCAGCAAACAACGUAACCAAGCAGGCAGAAGCUGUAAUGAUGGCAGCUUACAGCUGUUCGUGGGUGGAGGCGAGUGGACGUUUCAAACGCGUCCUGAGGAUCCUCAUCAGUCGCGCCCAGAAACCAUUGGUCCUCACCGCUGGGCAUCUCUAUCCCAUCGAUAGAGAAGCUUUUCUUUCGCUGGUGAAUGCCUCUUAUUCAUACUACGCACUACUCAGCCAAAUGAAUAACCGCUAGAUGCGAAAUGUGCCUCACUAUGUCAACAAUGAGUCUCUAGCAG